AUGAAUGUGACAGAAGUCUACAAGGGAAUAGCUCCCAUCUAUAAUGAGGGAAAUUUCUCUGGCAAUGGAAGUAUUUUUGACCUGAACAUCCCUCCCUCCCUAAACAAAGCCAUUAAUAUCCUCACCGUCGUCAUCCUCUUCAUCUCCAUGAUAUCCCUUGGCUGUACAAUGGAGAUUUCCAAAAUAAAGACCCAUCUCUUCAAGCCAAAAGGUGUAGCCAUUGCACUGCUGGCCCAGUUUGGCAUCAUGCCCCUGACUGCUUUCUCUCUAGCCAAAAUGCUACAGAUGGAUCCCAUCAAGGCUGUGACUGUGCUCAUCUGCGGCUGCUGUCCAGGUGGAAGCUUAUCAAACAUUUUCUCUCUGGCCAUAAAGGGUGACAUGAACCUCAGCAUCGUAAUGACCACUUGCUCCUGCAUCGCCGCUCUUGGUAUGAUGCCAUUGCUGCUCUAUAUCUACUGCCAAGGCUUUUCCGGUCUGGAAAAUGCUGUACCCUACUUUGGCAUCAUCUCUGCUCUCGCGUUCACCCUUGUGCCUUGUACCAUUGGCAUUGCCAUUAAUCACUACAAACCAAACUACUCAUCAGUCAUCAAAAAAGCUGGUCUCAGCAUCCUGAUAGUCUCCGGCAUCAUAGUGUUCAGCCUGUCUGGUUUUGUCAUCAAAGAUGUACUAUGGAUGGUCCUCACACCUGAUGUUCUGGCUGUUGCUGCACUGAUGCCACUGAUUGGGUUUAUGCUGGGAUAUGUCAUGUCUGUGAUGUGCAGACUCAGUCCAAAAUGCAGUAGGACAGUCUCCAUGGAAACGGGGUGUCAAAACAUCCAGCUGUGCGUUACCAUCCUAAAAGUGGCCUUUCCCCCUCAGGUCAUUGGACCCAUGUUUCUCUUCCCUCUGAUAUACUACUCAUUCCAGUGUACCGAGGCCCUUCUCCUGACCCUGGGCUUCAGAUGUUACCAAGCCUUCAAGCCACCAGCUGAGGACGUUGACGUUAAACAAGUAGAAGUGAAACAGCCAUGUCUGCGUCCCAGAUGACAACCCAGCGCUGAAGAG